AUGAAUAUUUUUAUAUUUUUAUUAAUUUUUUUCAACAUAUACACCCUUAAUGCGACUAGUGUUAUUGCUGUUGAAAAUGAUUUUAACAAAACACCUAUGAAAAAAGUUUAUACAAAUUUAAAGAAAGGAACAUCAUGUAAAACCAACGCAAGGAUAAUACAUUCGAUUAAAACUUUAAGGGAAAUUAAAUCACCCGAAAGAAAAACUCGUCAUAAAAUUAAAAGACAAAAUAAAGAUCAAAAGUAUCAACGAUCAACUUUGGGAAAAGAUCAGAAUAUUUCAAAAAAUAAUUUAAAAAAAGAUCAAAUAAGCCUGGAAGAAUUAAGAAAAAGACUUGCUGACCUGCAAACAAAUUCUCCAAAACUUUGUUUUAAAAAACAACCAAUUCCUUGUGCAUUUCCACAAGACAAAAUAGAAGAAAUAUUUACUUCGAUUAAAAAAGAAAAUGAAAAUAUUGCUCAAGAUUUUGAUAUUUAUUUCAAAAUUUUAUGCACUACUGAAACAAAUUCUAACAAUUUUAUUGGUUUAGUAUAUAAUUUAUUGGAAAAUAAAACUGAAAAAAGGAAUUUGAUAAUUAAAUUGAAGAAUUUUAACGAAAAAGUGAAGGAAAAUAGUUCCAAACAAGCUGAUCAAGAAGAAAAAAUUAAAAAAUUAAUAGAUCAAUUUACUAUAUAUAAAGACGCUGAUAUUAAGAAUGCAAGCAAGGAGUUUAACAAAACUCUUGAUAAUUUGGUUUUUAAUUUAAAUUAA